AGCAAAGGUACCAAGAAUGUAAUCCACUCUAAUUAAAUAACUCUCGAGGGAGCAAUCAACGUUGAGAUUGUCGUGUCCCCAAUCUCUCUACGAGAGCCACACACUAAAUCGCUCCAUUCGAUCUGAACACAUCAAAGAUCAAAGGGCGUCUGUUUCAAAACCCUCCAUCGGAUCCAUCUACUCUCCACACACGUGAAAUCUGCCCUCUCGUUGUUGUCAUCAAUCAACCAAGUUAAACUAAUCGAAGAACAAGCUCUUUUAUAGCUGAAUAUGGGUGUUGAGAAAAACAAUGUCAGCAUGGAGGAAGGAACACUUGAAAUCGGAAUGGAAUAUAGAACUGUCUCCGGAGUUGCUGGACCACUAGUCAUCCUUGAUAAAGUGAAGGGACCAAAGUAUCAAGAGAUUGUCAAUAUUCGUUUAGGAGAUGGAACAACCAGACGUGGUCAGGUCUUGGAAGUUGAUGGAGAGAAAGCUGUUGUCCAGGUCUUCGAAGGAACAUCUGGAAUAGACAAUAAGUUCACAACUGUGCAGUUUACGGGGGAGGUCCUAAAAACUCCUGUUUCUAUGGAUAUGCUUGGGCGCAUAUUCAAUGGCUCUGGGAAGCCAAUUGAUAAUGGCCCUCCUAUUUUGCCCGAGGCUUAUCUGGAUAUUUCUGGAAGUUCUAUCAAUCCUAGUGAGAGAACGUAUCCUGAAGAAAUGAUACAAACUGGUAUCUCCACAAUUGAUGUCAUGAAUUCAAUUGCUAGAGGACAAAAGAUUCCGCUAUUUUCUGCUGCUGGUCUCCCCCACAAUGAAAUAGCUGCUCAGAUCUGUCGUCAAGCUGGUUUGGUGAAGCGGUUGGAAAAAACAGAAAACUUGCUUGAGACCGGUGGAGAAGAGGACAACUUUGCCAUUGUUUUUGCUGCUAUGGGUGUGAACAUGGAGACUGCACAAUUUUUUAAACGUGAUUUCGAGGAAAAUGGAUCAAUGGAAAGAGUGACUCUUUUUCUGAACCUUGCCAAUGAUCCUACGAUAGAGCGUAUCAUCACUCCUCGUAUUGCUUUGACAACAGCAGAAUAUUUAGCAUAUGAAUGUGGCAAACAUGUUCUUGUCAUCCUAACAGAUAUGAGUUCUUAUGCUGAUGCUCUUCGUGAGGUUUCUGCUGCUAGAGAAGAAGUGCCUGGAAGGCGUGGAUAUCCUGGGUAUAUGUAUACCGAUCUGGCUACAAUCUAUGAGCGUGCUGGACGAAUUGAAGGCCGAAAGGGCUCCAUCACGCAAAUUCCAAUUUUAACUAUGCCCAAUGAUGAUAUUACACAUCCGACUCCUGAUCUUACGGGUUAUAUUACUGAAGGACAGAUCUACAUUGACAGGCAGCUUCACAACAGACAGAUAUACCCUCCGAUCAAUGUGCUUCCAUCCCUAUCCCGAUUGAUGAAGAGUGCUAUAGGUGAAGGAAUGACUCGCAGGGACCAUUCUGAUGUCUCCAAUCAGCUUUAUGCAAAUUAUGCCAUUGGUAAAGAUGUUCAGGCCAUGAAAGCAGUGGUCGGAGAAGAAGCUCUCUCUUCUGAGGAUUUGCUAUACUUGGAAUUUUUGGACAAGUUUGAGAGGAAAUUUGUGGCCCAAGGAGCAUACGACACCCGAAACAUCUUCCAGUCGCUGGAUUUAGCAUGGACACUUCUCCGGAUCUUUCCCCGUGAGCUUCUUCACCGUAUUCCGGCCAAGACCCUUGAUGCCUUCUACAGCCGUGAGGCAACCAAUUGAAAACUUUCAUAUGGUAGCUAUUUGUUGCAUGGAAUAAAAAGGGUUGUGUUUCUGUUUGCAUUUAUCUUUCUGAAAGCCUAAGCGCCUCGGCUGUUGAUCGUUUUCAUAAGAGGCAGUUAGGUAUGUAAUUUAUGCUUGUAGCGACCGGAGUGUAGGGCCGGCCGGAGAGACACUUUAGUUGGAGAUUUAUGUUUUGCAGACAGAAGGGGGCGUUCAAAUUUGGCACGAGCCCUUAUCAUUCGUUUAUUCUGUGACCGCUUUAUUGUUAUUAUUGUAUGGGACGGGAUAAUUUGUCGCUCGUGAAUGCCAUUUUAUUGUUUUUGAAUUA